AUGGAAGACAGUAAUCUGCAGAAGUCCCGACAGUUGAUUGAGGAUCUAUCAAAAGGUGUCGUAGGGAGUGAGCUGGAGAUCUCAACUUCUAAGGCCUCAAAGUCAUCGCAGCCCACAAAGGACCAAAAUGGAAAUUGGCAAGCUGGAGCAAUAGCCACGAUGAUCGACAACGUUGGUGCUAUCGCUGUACACUCUUUAGGUGGUCCUGCUCGAGUGUCUCUUGACUUCAGUGUUUCAUACUUCUCAACGGCUAAGUUUAAAGAAGAGAUUGAGAUAGAGGCCAAGGUUGUAAAAGAACGGGGAAGGCUCAUACUUCACGUGGUGGAAGUUAGAAGGAAAAAUGGUGGAGAGUUGAUUGCCAUUGGUAAGCAAUGGAUGGCCUCAAAAGGCCAAGCGAGUACUAGUAGGCUUUGACAUAAUUUUGCCACAGUUUGGUUUAGGGCUUUUCUUCCAUGAAAGAGAGAGAAAGCUAUUGUAUUUAUAUUGUCAAUUGU